AUGCCCACGCCGUAUUUCGUUGUUAGAUUCUGGGCACCUGGCCGUGCACGCUUUCUGCUCGGGCUUACUAGUGUGAACACAGAAAGAAGAAGCACUUGCUUCGUGAAGCUAUGGACCGGACAACGUAGCACGCAAGUUAGGCUGGAGAAUGGAUCGACGUUUAGCGGAGAGGAGGCAUUCCUGCUUCUUCUCAUGAGGAUGAGGUACCCGGGUCGCUUGUCGGACCUCGAGAAAUACUUCGGCCGCGAGUACUCGCAGCUUAGCCGUCUCUUUCGGUGGGCCACGGAUUUCCUGUUCGAAAUGCACAGCCACCGCGUGAUGGACAAUCUGGCGUUCUGGGGGCCACACCUCAGGAGCUUCGCCCGAGCUGUGUACAGGAAAGGGCGGGCGUUCGGACUAACAUACGAGGACAUCUGCGGGUUCAUCGAAGGGACCCUCCGGCGCCAGCCCGGCGGGCACGAUGACAUCCAACGCGAGGUGUACGAUGGGCACCACCGAGACCACGGGCUGGCAUACCAAGCCGUGAUGGCGCCCAACGGCAUGCUCAUGGAUGCAUGGGGGCCAGUGUCGGGGAGAAGACAUGAUUCCUACCUCUUGGGCGUCAGCGAGUUUAACCCUCGGCUGGCGGCGGUACAGGACCCGGAGGGACCGCAAAUGAAGGUGUACGGAGACGCUCCUACCCGCUGCUUAGCCACGUGCGCCGGGAGUUUAAGGGGGCUAAUCUGA